AGUUCACAUGAGACUCUGGACAUAGUGGAGGAGAAGAAGCAGGCAGAGGUUGGGAUAGAAGAAACGCUAGUCGUAGACGAAACCAACAAAGGGAAAAUGCAAGUUGCCAGUGAUGCUGGGGAAACAUGUAAGGUGGAGCAUCUGUCAAAAAAGGACUCUUCAUCAUUGCCAUCAGAUAGUAGCAGCAGCAGCAGUAGUAGUGAGAGUGAGGAUGAAGAGGUGAGAGAAUACCAGCCACAUCAUAGGGCAAUUGAGGAAGUCAUCAGGGAAGAACAGGAAGAAGAGGAAGACGUAAAGAGGAAAGAAAAAAUACAGCAUGUGGAAGCCACACCUGAAGGCAGUAAACUAAAUGUACCAGCUGAGCACACACAAGUUACAGCUGAAUAUUUGGUCCAGGAAAAUGCAGUUACCAUGGCUACAGAAGAAAAGAAUUUGUCAGAGGAAAUUAAGCAAGAUUUAGGUGAAGAAAAAGAGGAAGAACAGCUCAAACUGAAUGGAGAUGUGUCUCAUGUUGACAUUGAUGUUGCACCACAAAUAAUUUGUUGUUCUGAGCCUCCAGUAGUGAAAACAGAGAUGGUAACCAUUUCCGAUGCCACACAGAGAACUGAAAUCUCCACUAAAGAAGUUCCAAUUGUUCAAACAGAAACUAAAACUAUCACAUAUGAAUCUCCACAGUUUGAUGGCACUGCUGGUGGCAAUGCUGGUGUGCUGCUGAGUGCACAGACAAUUACAUCAGAGUCAAUUUCUACUACCACAACUACACACAUCACAAAGAUGGUAAAAGGAGGGGUAUCAGAAACAAGAAUUGAGAAGCGCAUUGUCAUUACUGGAGAUGCAGAUAUUGACCAUGAUGAGGCCCUGGCACAGGCAAUCAAAGAAGCCAAAGAACAGCACCCUGAUAUGUCUGUCACAAGAGUGGUGGUGCACAAAGAAACUGAACUUGCUGAGGAAGAUGAAGAGUAAAAUCAAAAAUGUCCUCAAGCAAAUACGUCAGAAGUGAAAAUGAUACUGACCGUGAUCAGGACCAUGAAGAACUGUAAUCAUUCCAAGCCAUCACUACUCCACCGAAUUCACCAAGCCUAGCAAUGAUGACCAGAUGUCCAAGACUUAAAUGCCAAUACCAAACUCCUUUUUAACAUCUUUGGUCUAUAUUCCCUUACAGUCUGUCUUGUUUAUUUUUUAUAACCACUUCUUAACAAUCUUAGAUUUUUUUAAAUGAAAUUUUAGAGAGUAUGAUCUCCUUUUGCACAAAUACUUGUAUUUUUGAAGCUGAUUCUUAAUUAUAUGAAAGUGAACAAAAAAGAAGUCUGGAAAGCAUUGUUCACUGGAGCAGGUGGUAAUUGUGCAGGAAGGGGGAUCUUAACUAAUUUAGAGAUAGUUUUUUUCCAAAUAUUUCAAAUGAAAUCUCUUACUGGAGUAAUUUACAGAUUUUUUUGUUGUUUUUUUUUUUUGUCAGAAUAUUCAGGUAAAUAUAUGGUAUCACAUAACAAAGAUUUUUAUAAAAAUACAACAUUUCCUAAAAUUUGAAAAAAUAUAUUUCUUUGGAUAAAUUUUAUACUGAUAUUUCUGUAACUCUUUCUGUUCUAAGGUUCUCCUCUCUGUGGAGCAGAGAUGGUGUGGCAGUCCUUAGAGGAGAAGGAGUUGCAGACAAGUUUCUUCUGACUGAGCACUGUGUUCUUUUUGCACUUUGGUGCCAAUGCUCAACUUUUUGCAGACGAUUUGCCGUCUGCAGCAUUCCAGAUAAGGAAAGAAGGAAUAACAAAAUAUCUUUCUCUUCUUCCAACAAGAGAUGAUCUAGGCAGCUUAAAACCUUAGUGCUUUUUUUCUUACUGUGUCCAAACUUCAAUACUUCCAUUAUUUGAAUACAUGUGUAGAACGCUUGCUUUCUAUUAAACCUCUCUGUCUCCACGUUAGAACUGACAUUUCUGUUAUCGAGAAGGUCUACGUUUCAGACACUUUGUCUAAUGGUUAAUGCAGGUUUUUAGGUUACUGAGUAAAAGUGUACGAUGGACGCCAUUCGUAGAGUAAUAAGACAGUAGCAUCAUUUGAGACUGCCGUUGAGAAAACCUGUUAAAUAUUUUGGAUUUUAUUUGUAUUUUGUUCUCGCGGGGGGGUUGGUUGGUUGGGGUUUGGUUUUUUUUGCUGUUGACUCUGUGUAUAGUUAAAUUGCCAAAUUAGAUUUAUAGCAGCUUGAAGUUGUAUCAAGUGGUAUUUUGCUUUCUGUAAUUCUGUUAUAAAAUAAAGUUGUUUAUUCUCUGUA